AUGACACUUGAUUCUAAAUGGAAUACAAUCACUUUGUUGGUAAAAUCAGCUGAUGCCUAUGGUAUAGAGAUAGAUCAUAUUGAUGUUCAUGUUGAAGAUGCUGAAGUCAAUGAAGAUAUAUUUACAUGUAUUUUACCAUGUUUAUCAGAUCUACCCGUUGUAACGGCCGCUGCACCAGGUCUGACUGAAGGACGGGUCGUACAAAGGAGUUACAGUACCCAAUGCGCAGAGGAGGAUAAUGUGAACGUCGCCGUCUUUAAUGCUGACGUGACUAAAUACGAGAUCACAGCUAGCCUCCCGCGUUAUCGAUCCUUUCUGAAUCUCCGACACGAAGACACAAGAAACUGUCCUUUCUUAACUCCCGUAUACUGGUUGUACGAAAAUGUCAAGGUUUCACCAAAUACCAAAUCCUUGACAUCAAACACCUCAGAGUUAUUUUUCAGUCAAAAGACAGCCCCCGAGCCGUACACAAUAACUAAGAUGGCUGUAACGUUUACCCUACAGGGACGUAAGAAAGGUUACAUUGAUUCCGAGAUUGGAUCGACAUUGUACAUGACAAUGAAUUCACCAGACGCCCCAUCAGAUGUCGUUGUAUCGUACAGACAUAGAAACGGUACAAUUAUUGAAUUCUCUCCAGUGACCUUUUCAGACAGUUUGACCAGCACGGUUUGGAAUAUUCCUGAUUUUACCUGGAAGGAGGAUUUUACUAAUAAUAUUUUUGUGACUGUACAAUCCACAGUCUCAGACCAACAGCUAGUGAACUUUAGGCUAGAAAGACGUUACAUGGGACCAGACGUGGUUAUACCGCUCUAUUCCAGUGACAGGGUCGUCUUGGAGGGUAUAAGAGUGGACUUCUGGUGGCAGGCACCGGAAAGCAUGAAGUUAGUUCGACCAUCAACAGCAGAGGAAUGGAACAACAUCGCUUAUUUUAGGAUAUACGUGAGUCUACCUUGGUCAGAUGGUUAUUCCCAAGUCUUAGUGCUGUACCAGGACGGUAACAUGCGUCUACUGAACCCCACGCCUCAUGGGUUAGACUGGACGCCAUUCGGCACCUCUGUCAUACUUGGACAAACCAAUGUGGAUGAUAUUCGACCAGCCGUUUCCAUCACAAAGGUUGAGAUUGAACCCGAGGACUUAACGAUGAAAAUAGUAUAUUCCGAUGGCAGUAGUACGGAUGCGAAAUUGGUAACUUCCAUUGAGAAAACCAAGUUAUUCGUGUCUAAUAUUGACUUUAAGAAGAGCACGACCACACACCCGUUUGCGACAUUUCGGUCUAUGUACGUACAAGCUGGCAACACAGACUCCGACUCCAUUAUCAGUGAUACAUUUACUACUAAUCCGAUCCUUGGAGGCGAUUGGUCGACCAUCAACGGAACCAGUUUCCUUUUGUACCGUCGAUGUGAAUCGAAGCAUUUAACUCAAAGUCCAGAUAUACUUAUUCAAGUUACUGACACAGAAUAAUACAUGCAUUGGAACAUGCACUAUUCUUUGAAAUACUUACACUUAGUAUUUAUGCGCUUCUUAAAAACACACUUGGCUCUCUUCCAUGUGUUUGUUUCACAUUGUAAUAAACGAUUUCCCAUUUAAGAUACCUACAUCUAAAACUGUUAUGCGUCUGUUUCAAAUUGCAAUAAACUUGAGUUUUAACCGCGCCACGAAAAUUGUGACUGUCCGAUGUGAGGAUCGAAUCGAACACAUCUUAAACCUACUACGGAAAGGUCUGACCAAUUGUUUGGCUUUAUAAGGAUUUGAAUUCAAGUGUGACAUCACUUUUGUUAUCUAUUUGAAAGGAAAGAAAAUUGUAGUUGUUAAAUUAAAUCAAAAUAUGGCUGAACCGUUCUAAUCUAUUUAAUA